AUGGCUGAUGAUGCUACACGUUCAAAUACCCUGAUCCAAGACUACUAUUAUUUUGUUGAUGAUAAGUCUAUUGGACCAAUUAUAUCCCAUGGUUAUUACUUGAAUUCUGUAAAAGUUACUUGUAAUGGGAGUGAAUAUAAGGGGUAUGUUUUGUUAGCGGCUAGCUCAAAUGGUAAUAAACAAGACUUGAAACGAAUUCCGGUGAUAAAAGAAUUUCCUUAUGUAUUUUUGGAAGACAUACUUGAGUUUUCCCUUCAACGGGAGAUAGAAUUCACUAUCAACUUGGUGUUAGGAGUUGGACCAAUUUCUAUAGCACCCUAUCAAAUGUCACCACUAGAACUUGCAGAAUUAAAGAAGCAGUUGGAUGGGUUACUAGGAAAUAAGUUCAUUCGUCCGAGCGCAUCAUCAUGGGGAGCCCCAAUGUUGUUAGUAAAGAAGAAAGAUGGUAAAAUGAGAUUAUGUGUGGAUUAUCAGUAG